CGUCACAAGCCCUGCGCCUCCCGCUCCUCUUGGGGCCGUCGUUCGAACGGAAGGUCGUCCUUGUGACCGACGAGGUGGUUGGAGCAGCUGUCGCCAUGUUGUCGGUCGCCGCCCGCUCGGGCCCGUUCGCGCCCGUCCUAUCGGCCACGUCCCGCGGGGUGGCGGGCGCGCUGCGGCCUCUGCUGCAAGGCGCGGUGCCCGCCGCCUCGGAGCCACCUGUUCUGGACGUGAAGCGACCCUUCCUGUGCCGCGAGUCGCUGAGUGGCCAGGCCGCGGCCCGGCCUUUGGUGGCCACGGUGGGCCUGAACGUUCCUGCUUCUGUUCGUUUUUCCCAUACAGAUGUCAAGGUGCCCGACUUCUCUGACUAUCGUCGUGCUGAAGUUCUCGAUAGCACAAAAUCUUCUAAAGAAAGCAGUGAGGCUAGAAAAGGCUUCUCUUACCUGGUAACUGCAACUACUACGGUGGGUGUGGCUUACGCAGCCAAAAAUGUGGUCUCCCAGUUUGUCUCCAGCAUGAGUGCUUCUGCUGAUGUACUGGCCAUGUCGAAGAUCGAGAUCAAGUUGUCUGAUAUUCCUGAAGGAAAGAACAUGGCUUUUAAAUGGAGAGGCAAACCUCUGUUUGUGCGCCAUAGAACCAAGAAGGAGAUUGACCAGGAAGCUGCAGUUGAAGUGUCCCAGUUAAGGGACCCACAGCAUGAUUUAGAUCGAGUGAAGAAGCCUGAAUGGGUUAUUCUGAUAGGUGUCUGUACCCAUCUUGGCUGUGUACCCAUUGCAAACGCAGGGGAUUUUGGUGGCUAUUAUUGCCCCUGCCAUGGGUCACACUAUGACGCCUCUGGCAGGAUCAGGAAGGGCCCUGCCCCUCUCAACCUGGAAGUGCCUGCCUACGAGUUCACCAGUGAUGAUGUAGUUGUUGUGGGUUAGACACGUGGACUCCUCAGGGCCUAGGUUUCUGUCGGUCUUCAGGUCCCCUCAGAAGAGUGGAGAGUAAGCCUUGUAUACAUCUAGGUUGGUUGAUUUAAAAUAUUUAAGAAUUGUUAAUAAUGUAUUGGCAAACAUUAAUGUGAAGUAAUUGAAUUCAUUGUUAAAUAUUAUCAAGCAUUAGCAUAAUAAAGCCACUGUUGAACAUCAUUAGAUUCAGUCACAGACUUGAAAGGUGCAAUGUCUUUGAUAGCUAAUUCUAAUAAAACAUUACAGAUUGUUGUA